AUGUCCCACGCGUCCCUAUCGAGUAACUUCAUCGCUCAACAGACACUUCCGAUACGAAAGGGUCUUGUCGUGAUGGUGAACCAACGACCUCCGGUCAAUACUACACUCCCACUGCACGGCGGCCAUACCCUCUGCCCUACAGACGCCGCGGACAAGCUUGAUCCCAUCGAGCAAUCCCCCAACAUGCUGCAGACGGCGGAUCCCUUCUAUGGUCAUACGAACACUGAACCGGGACCGCUCUUCAUGUCUUCUUCUGGCCCUUUUGAGCAGCCCACAUCUCAGAGUGGGGCGUACGAAAUCAUCUCUAAAGCGUUAGCCGACAAGAACGCCGCUGAAUCCGCACUUUUGGACGUCAAUCGUCAACUCAACGACCUCAAAGCUACCCUCGCGGAGACCGAUAAAGAUCUCGAAAACUCACGCCACCGCACGCAGUUCUUCGUCGACAAGGUCAAGGAGAAGGACGAGAUCAUCGACGACCGAGAGCUCGAGAUCCUCCACAUGUACUUCGUCUUAGACAGUCUCGUAAAGGACUGGAGCAGGAACGAUAUCGCCCCCGCAUCAUGGCGUGCGCGAAGUGUACCCACGGAGCGACUCAUCGCGUCAUGGACUGUGGUCAUACCUUAUGUUCCAGUGGCUGCUGCAAGCGCCUUUGCCGGAACUGCCGUCGCAGCAUCAGCGAUCCACCCUGCGCGUCCCAUCACUGGGACAAACUCAUCCCACAUAGGGACGCUCCUAUCCAUUGUUGGCACGGCGGCUAAACUCGACAUGUACCCUGCGUACUUUCUGACCCGCGCCAUGGACAACAACCACAACGCAUCACGAGAUGCGAUAAUCAGCUCACUCCAAAACACCAUCGCUGUGCUCACAGAAGCGCUGCGAAAAGAGCAAGCGACGCAUGAGCGGACCCAACGCGCCUACCUUAACGCGCGAGCCAAGCUCGAAUUUCUAGCAGAUGGCUGGCAGGUUCCGAUCGACAAUCCAGCGGCGGAAGUCGUCAUCAGCAUGGACGAAGCGCUCAGCGACGCUCAGGAAUUCUGCGCGAGGACCAAGGAUCACGCCGAUGCGAUGCUCGAAGACCUUCAGAAGAAAGGGAUACAUGACUGA